AUGGCGCCGAAGCCCUUCCCUCGCCGCGUCAUCUCACUCUCCCUCCUCGCCGCCGCGCUCUCCAUCGCCGCCUCCGCCUCCGUCGCCGAGGCGCGGUGGUACAGCCCCCCCAGCCCGGUGUCGGCGAUCGUGAGCGAGCAGCUCUACGCCUCCCUGUUCCCGCACAAGGACGACGCCGCCUGCCCGGCCAGGGGGUUCUACACGUACGCGUCGUUCGCCAGGGCCACGGCCAGGUUCCCGCGGUUCGGCGCCACCGGCUGCCCCGACACCCGCAAGCGCGAGGUCGCCGCCUUCCUCGCGCAGAUCUCCCACGAGACCACCGGCGGCUGGGCCACCGCGCCGGACGGCCCCUACGCGUGGGGCCUCUGCUACAAGGAGGAGAUCACCCCGGCGAGCAACUACUGCGACGCCACUGACAAGCAGUGGCCCUGCUACCCCGGCAAGUCCUACCACGGCCGUGGCCCCAUCCAAAUCUCAUGGAACUUCAACUACGGGCCGGCGGGCCAGGCGCUGGGCUUCGACGGGCUGCGGAACCCGGAGGUGGUGGCGAACUGCUCGGACACGGCGUUCCAGACGGCGCUGUGGUUCUGGAUGACGCCGAGGGAGAGCAAGCCGUCGUGCCACCAGGCGAUGGUCGGGGAGUACCGGCCCGGCCCGGCCGACAUCGCCGCGAACCGCACGGCGGGCUUCGGGCUGGUCACCAACAUCGUCAACGGCGGGCUCGAGUGCAACCGCACCGGCGACGCGCGGGUGAGCAACCGCAUCGGCUUCUACCGGAGGUACUGCCAGGCCCUCGGCGUCGACGUCGGGCCCAACCUCGACUGCGAGCACCAGCUGCCCUUCUAGCUUAAUUUUUGUUGUCAGCAACAACAACUAUAUGCAUUCAUGUCGUCGUUUCUCAUGUCACUACCUACUAUAUAUACUAUUUGCUAAGCUUAUACUUUAUAAUGUAAGUUUUGUUAGGUGUGGAACUGUACACGCCAUCUUGUUGUGUCAUUUAUUUUUUUGGAAAUUGGAAUCAAGGAAACGGCCAUUAUGCAUUGUGCUUGUGAUUACAUGCAUCUUCCUGUUGUUAUAUGUCUCUUGUUCCAAAAGAUG